CUAAAUACCACCAACGCCACAUUGUCCUUGUCAUCCCUCAAUUAGUCAGCCUCAAGUACAACAAUUUCACACAGGGAGUUUUUUUUUAAUAACGUCUACAAAUAUACUCCCAUAGCAACGCCCAUUAAGAAACCUUCUGUGUCUCUAUGUUUUUAUUUAUUUUAUUUUUUUCACAAAGGCUUUUUUGUUGUGUUGGACCUAACUGCAGCCUAAUCUAACCGUGCUGGACAGCGGAGAGCACAAGAGAAUCUUUGCCCUGCCCUCAGGCCUCUUCAGCUUGGGGAUCUCCGUGUGGAGGAACGCCUCUUUGGUUGUAGAGACAGGGAGAAUUAGGCAAAGAUGCGGGUUCUCUUUCCCUGUGUAGGGGCUUAUCUUGGGCUAAGCUGAGGGACUAAUAGCAAAGCCUGCUUCCACUCCAGCCGGUCUAAGGGCACAGAAAGCCAUCUGUCCAUUCUGUGGACAACAGACAACAAAGAAAGUAAACAUUGAACACGGAGUUUAUUCUACCAGGAGCCACCAGAUAUAAAGAGGAGUGAAGGGUUUGCAUAUCAGGUUUGAAAUGGCGGCAGGGAGUUCUUCAUUCAUUGGUUUAUAGUAUUUACAUAAAAGUCGCAGGAACACAGAGUAUGUCUGAGAGGGAAGAAAUGGCCUUGGACGGGAGCCUGAAUGUUACACUGACGCUACGGCUGUUGAUGCAUGGAAAGGAAGUGGGCAGUAUAAUUGGAAAGAAAGGAGAAACAGUGAAGAAAAUGAGAGAGGAGAGUGGCGCUCGUAUCAACAUAUCGGAAGGAUCAUCUCCCGAGAGGAUAGUGACCAUCACAGGGCCAACCGAAGGAAUCUUCAGAGCUUUCUCCAUGAUUGCACAGAAGUUUGAGGAGGAUAUCACGGCAGCAAUGACAAACAGCAACGUGACAAGCAAGCCACCUGUGACACUCCGCUUGGUUUUCCCUGGGAGCCAGUGUGGCUCACUGAUUGGAAAAGGAGGCUCUAAGAUCAAAGAGAUCCGAGAGACUACAGGGGCGCAGGUUCAGGUGGCAGGAGACAUGCUGCCGGACUCUACAGAGAGGGCUGUCACAAUCUCUGGCACUCCACAGGCCAUCACUCAGUGUGUAAGACACAUCUGCUCCAUCAUGCUGGAGUCUCCUCCAAAGGGAGCAACUAUUCCCUACCGUCCAAAGGCCAUUCCUGCCGGAGCCCAUGCAGUAUUAGCGCAACAGCACUCUGCACAAGCCUUUGCACUUCCAGGGCCGUACGCUUUUGCGCAUCAAGAUUUGACCAAGCUUCACCAGUUGGCUAUGCAGCAUAUUCCCCUCCCUUCCCUUGGGCAGAGCAACCCUACCUUCCCUGGAUUGGAUGCUUCUGCCCCCACAAGUUCACAGGAGCUGGCAAUACCUAAUGAUUUUAUUGGCUGCAUAAUUGGAAGACAAGGCACCAAGAUCAAUGAAAUCCGCCAGGUCUCGGGAGCCCACAUCAAAAUUGCCAGUGCCACUGAUGGCUCAGCCAUGCGCCAAGUCACAAUCACAGGCUCGCCGGCAAGCAUUAGCGUGGCCCAGUACCUCAUCAGCGCCAGCUUAGAGAUGGCUAAAUACACCAUGCAGGCUGCGUCUUCUGCGACCCCAGUUGACCUGAACAUGAGCUACUCACAGUCUGCUCCCACCGCCUCCAAUGCUGCUACCUCUAUCGCCGUCCUGGCGGCCACCACCCCAGCCCCCACCAGCAUUAAUGUCCACUCUCCCUCCACCUUACCGACCAUUCAAAACCCACACUACGCUGUCCCUGUUUCCAGUCUGCUUGGCAUGAAAACGCUCCCUGUACUGGCUGUACACCCAGCAGCUGCUACCAGCCUAACACAGGGUUUAGCCCCUUACACUGCAAAAAUACCCACCUCUGGUGUCAAAAAGUCUGAGCGGCAGAAGUUUGCUCCAUAUUGAGUCAGUCCAAUUGGAUAACAUUGCACUAAUGGAUGACGAAAUACUGAUAUUUGGUACUUGCUUACAUAUGUAUGCAAGCUUUACCAGUGUAGCACCUCCUUUCCAUAAAGCAGGAGAGCAGAGGUAUCAUUAUUAAAGUAGGCAGCAGAGUUGGGUAUUAACUCAGUAUUGCAUAAUAUGCAAUGUGCUAACUCAGGCUUGCAUUUGAACCCAAUGAAAACUUUUCUAAUGGUUUCAUGACAAACAGCUUUAUGUAAAGAGUGACUCCAGGAGAUUUCUUUUCUAAUAUGCAAUUGUUUACAUAGUUUUCUAUGUUUGUAACUAGAUCCAUUUUUGAUAGAGAAUUCCAUUUUUGCAGGCAGAAGGCUGGUAAAUGUACAAUACUAGUGGGGUGUGUUUAGUAUAAUGAAUAAGGAUUGCUACAUUUUUAUGUCAUAUUUCCCCCUAUUCCUUCACUAUAGGCUUUCAUCAGGGCUAACAGGCUUGGGUGUUCUGUAGUAGCACUGCACUGUUGCAGUUCUGAUGGGAUUAUCCUAAAGCCACAUGGAUUCUAGUGGAAUUCACUCUGCACUGUAAUCCUGUAGAGCAGGACUGGUCUAAACAACUCAUUUAUUGUUUCUGCUUGGUUCUUGUUCACUUUCCACACAAAUUAUUAACUAUUUCUGUCACAAACUGAUGCAGCACAGUUACUGUAAUACAUGUGUGUACUUGGUGAUGCCUACCCUGAUACAUUGCAAAUUUGUAAUGUUUGAUGUUUAUGCAAUGGCUUUGAAAUAAAUGUGUCAUUUUGAGAAAAAAAGGUUGUUUUUAUUAGAGAAAUAAGUCUUGCUGUAUUUGACUUAUACAUAAAGGACUCUGUGUUAUGUUUCACUAUGAUGUUGUGUAGUGUUACCCCAGGAUACGAGGACGUGGUUGCUGGUGCAAUCAAUAAAACUAAAGAAAGCUCAUAUGGAGCGGCACAACACAUAAAAAUGCAACGUAGCAAAAUAUCAAGGAAAGGCUAGGAGGCAGAGCUAGGUCUUACGUAAAAACUCACAACGGGAGGUGGAAACAAGAAUGCCCCCCAAAAAGGACAAUCACUCCAAGGAACAGGAAAAGUGCUAACGGAGAUGCAAACAGAUGCAUCGAGCAAGAAGCGAGACUGCAAGGUGAAACAAAAAUCCAAGCAGAAACAGAUGUCCAGCUGGCUGGCCCCUAAAUAGAACCCUAAUUACAAAUAAAAGGUGGGCUCCAACAACCCCUUCAAACAAUGGCAAGCAUGUGGUGCCAAACAGGGUUUUUUGGUUCAGAGAAAGAAAGUGACAUGUCCAUCCAUCCAUUUUCUGUACCAUUUAUCCUCACAAGGGUUGUGGGCAUGCUGGGGCCUAUCCCAGCUGUCUUGGGACGAGAGGUGGGGUACACCCUGGACUGGUCGCCAGCCAAUCACAAUUUGGAGUCGCCAAUUAACCUAGCAUGUUUUUGGAAUGUGGGAGGAAACUGGAGUACCCGGAGAAAACCCACGCAUGCACGGGGAGAACAUGCAAACUCCACACAGACCCAAUGGAGAUUCGAACCCAGGUCUUCCCGAUCUCCUUACUGUGUGGCUUACAUGCUAACCACUCAUUCACCAUGCAGCUCCAUAUUGUUUAUUUUUCUGUUUAAUUAAUUCAGUUACAAAGAAAACACAUUCUGCUUAUGGAGAAUUAUCAACACAUAUGAGUGAGGGGUACUCAUGGUAUGACAAAAAGGCUCUGAAGACAAAGAAGGUUGGGAAACACUGAUUGAAAGUACAAAAGCUACAGCAUGAACAGCGGAAGCCACAGCAAUUUACUUUUGGCUAUUGUUACCUGUGUGUCGAAGCACCCCAUUGCAUCUCAUUUAGCUGUUUCCCUCUUUUCUGGUUUUAUUCUCCUUUUUGUACGCGUUCUUAUUUCCACCUCAUACAGUGAGUUCAUUUGUUAGCUGAACCUCCUUUCUUUCUUUGUUAUUUUGUACUUUGUGUUUUUGCAUGUCGUUUU